AUGGCCGACACUGUUAUCAAACCAGAGGAGUCUGGCAAUGCUGGAUCUCUCGAACUGAAGGACAACACUGUUAUCAUUGUUUUGGGAGCUUCUGGUGAUCUUGCAAAGAAGAAGACUUUCCCAGCUCUUUUCGGUCUCUAUCGCAACCAAUUCCUCCCAAAGGAUGUCAGAAUUAUUGGAUAUGCGCGAACGAAGAUGGAUCACGAGGAAUAUAUUAAGAGAGUUAGAUCAUAUAUCAAGACUCCCACCAAGGAUAUGGAACAGCAACUCCAAGAGUUCUGCGAUAUCUGUACAUAUAUCUCUGGACAGUAUGAUAAGCCAGAGGGUUUUAUCGAGCUAAGAAAACACUGCGAAGAGUUCGAAAAGGGAAGAAAAGAAGCCAACAGAAUCUUCUACAUGGCCUUACCUCCUUCCGUCUUUACAACAGUAUCUCAACAGCUAAAGGCCAACGCCUAUCCAGAGACCGGUGUUGCAAGAAUCAUUGUUGAGAAGCCAUUUGGAAAGGAUUUGGGAAGUUCCCGCGAGUUACAAAAGGCAUUGGAGCCAAACUGGAAGGAAGAUGAGAUCUUCCGUAUCGAUCAUUACCUUGGAAAGGAGAUGGUUAAGAACAUUUUGAUUUUGAGAUUUGGUAACGAGUUUUUUGGUGCUACAUGGAACCGAAACCACAUUGAUAAUGUCCAAAUCACAUUCAAGGAACCUUUUGGAACCGAAGGCCGAGGAGGUUAUUUCGACGAAUUCGGUAUCAUCAGAGAUGUUAUGCAAAACCAUCUUCUACAAGUCCUCACCCUCCUCGCCAUGGAGAGACCAAUUUCAUUCUCCGCAGAGGAUGUUAGAGACGAAAAGGUCCGAGUCCUUCGCGGUAUUCCAGCAAUCGAGCCAAAGAAUGUCAUCAUUGGCCAAUACGGCAAAUCCUUAGACGGAAACAAGCCUUCCUACAAGGAAGACGACACCGUACCAAAGGAUUCGAGGUGCCCCACCUUCUGUGCUAUGGUUGCAUAUAUCAAGAACGAGCGAUGGGACGGUGUACCAUUCAUCUUGAAGGCUGGUAAGGCUCUUAACGAGCAAAAGACCGAGAUCCGAAUUCAAUUCAAGGAUGUCACAUCUGGUAUCUUCAAAGAUAUCCCAAGAAACGAGCUUGUUAUGCGCAUUCAACCAAACGAGAGUGUUUACAUCAAGAUGAACUCCAAGUUGCCAGGUUUGAGCAUGCAAACUGUUGUCACUGAACUCGACUUGACUUACCGCCGCCGAUUCUCUGAUCUCAAGAUCCCAGAAGCAUACGAAUCCCUCAUUCUUGAUGCUCUUAAGGGUGAUCACUCCAACUUUGUUCGCGAUGACGAGCUUGAUGCAAGUUGGAGAAUCUUUACACCACUCUUACAUUACCUCGACGACAACAAGGAGAUUAUCCCCAUGGAGUACCCAUACGGCUCUCGUGGACCCGCCGUCUUGGAUGACUUCACCUCUUCCUACGGAUACAAGUUUAGCGACGCAGCUGGUUACCAAUGGCCAACUACCCAAACCGCUCCUAACAAGCUGUAA